AUGUUUCUUUGUGCAUUUGCAAAGGUGUUCUUGCUUUGGGUUUCGACGCUGGGAGAGGCCAAGGCUCCUGUUCCACCAACAGUAGAGCCAGGAGCCAAGGACUUUGGGGGUGGCACAUCUGACACACCUGGGCAUGGUGCGUGGAUGCAGGAGGUGGGUCAUUCAAAGCCCGUAGAGGUGCUUACGGGCCUUCCUGACUGGCAGACCUUCUACCAGGACUAUGUGCGUGCAAACCGACCUGUCGUCCUAAAGAAUGCUGCGCAGACUCAGAAAGCCUUUUCAAAAUGGACUGAUGAGUACCUCCUGGACCUUUGGCGCAAGCGAAGAGUUGACGUUGAGAUCAAGAAGGUUGAAGAGCGCGGAGGCCCUACUGUGCAAUGGCCCUUUGAAAAAUUCCUCCGCGAAAUGUACAAGGUAGAGAGGAAGGAUGAGCUUUAUGCAGUCAUAGGUUUUGAAGAUGAUGCCCAAGCCCUGGCGGACGUGGCCCUCCCGCAGCCAGCAAGGUGUCAAGAAGUUUGGCCCCAAUCUGCUACCCUUUGGAUGAGCAAUGGUGGCACCAUGUCAGUGCUGCACAACGAUGAUGGUGAGAACUUCUUGAUGUUGCUGGAUGGCACCAAAAGUGCACACCACUACCUUCUCACCAGACAUUGGCAGAAGGCAAGCUUGUGGAUGAAGGCGGAGUUGCUUCACUUGCUGGCGGAGCUCUUUACCACCGCAAACUUGUCAAGUCGUGUCGAGCUACAUUUGUCGGAUACGAGGCUGUUGCGUCUAUUGCUGGAGGCUGCCCACCAGCGAGCCCUCCGGGAGGCGCACUCUGGAGGUGCAGUAAAGCCAGGGCCGAAGGCUCUUCAAGCAGACACGGAUCGAAAUGCAGUCAGCGGUGCUGGGGAGCGACUGCGUGGCCGCAUGUUGGAGGCCCUGCGAAGGCAAGCAGCUACUGCAUCUGGAGAGAGGCUUGCAAACAGUCAAAGUGGAAGCAGUGGAAACAGUUCGCUUCCAGUUCAGGAUCCGGUUCGAAACUACAUCCCUCCCGCCGCCCUGGAACGGGCAGCUGCAGAGCUUGCGGGGCUGCUGGCAGGAGCAUCAUCACCGGAGGCACCCAAAUCAGUUCACGCCUUCCUCAGCGAGGUCGAAGAACUUUAUGCAUCUAGCAACAUUCCUGCUCCUGCAAGUCCUGCAUCCCCCCGAGGGAGCUCCCAGGUUUCAUUGGGAGGUAGGUCCCUUUCGGAAUCAGUUGCCGAGGACCUGAAGGAGGUUCUGCGAUCCUUGCGUGCUUUGGACAGCUUGCUUGCAAGCCAAACAUCAUGGCGUGGAGUCAUGAUCGAUCCACAAAUGCCUAUCAAUUCUAUGUAUGGUCCUGGGCUGAUCUUCAGCGUGUUAAUGCACUUACCAGGGGUUGCGUCUCCAACGAUGGUUUGUGUUGGAGGACGAGUAGACACUUUGGCUACUCAGUAUAUGCGCUUGCACGCACCACAGAGCAGCUCAGACGAGGUGGUGACACAGCCUGCCCCAGGUUUGGGGAGCCUUUGUGGGAUCUCAGCUGAGCUUGCCAUGGACAAAUUAGCGGCGGGGCUUGUGCAACUGGCACAAGCUCCAUCCCAGGCAGCAACCAACAAGCAGCGUGGUAAAAGCCUGCUCGCUUCUGUACCCUGGUGGCGGCAAUUUGCUUCAUGUUGGCCAACUGUGCUUUUGGGGCCGGCUGCGCGAGAAGAGAGGUCCAGUGGUGAGACCGGUGAAUCAUGGCAUCUUGAGGCCAUUCAUGUGGCUGCUGGCCUUUGGCGUUCUGGUGCCAGCUGUCAGCUUUGGCCUCCUUUCGGAGAAUGCAUUGAUGCUCGAGUGGUCUCUGAAGCGCAGAAGAGCCUAGCUCAAUAUGGCCCAGAUGGAUUUCCUGGGCCUUUGCCGCCUGACUUCAUCGUCACCGUGCGAAUGCCGGAAAAGAGCGAUCCAAAUCCUCGGGAAGAUGAUGGGACAAAGAAGGCCCAAAAGACUGAGGAGGAGGUGAAGAAAGAAAUUCCAAUCAGGUUUUCCAUUCGGGCCAUUUCUGACCAAGGCCAUGAAGCAAUGGAUAGAGCAGCCAAGGAUGCACGGGGCAGAAUAGAUUUUGAGGGGCGCUCGAGGCUGCUGGAUUUCUUUGAGCGUUUGGCCCGUCGCCAUGCUGGAACUGCAUCCCGUGGCCAAAGCUCCUUUGCUUAA